AUGAAUAUGUUGGAUGAUGAAGAUGACCAAAGCUUUCACGCUACGCGUGACGGCUACUCCCAUUUGAGCGAUGUCGAAUGGGAUGCGGUUGAACGAAUGGGUUCGACCAUGGGCAUCCAUGCUGUUAGCGUCAUGCUAGAGGCUCUCAAUAGAGAUGCCCAACAUGCUACUAUCGCCAAGUUCAUUCAAAAUGAACUUGACGCAGAACGCGAGAAAGUAUCCUUGCUUCACCAACAAGGUUCUCAACAAGCAGAGUUGUUGAGAGAACAGGGUGCUCAACAGUUUGAACUGUUGAGACAGCAGCAGGCUGCUGCUGGUGGGUCGAUGCACUCGCGUCGACCCGAAACCUUGAAGAUUGACAUCUCCAAGUAUUUAGGAGUCGAUGAGGACUCCCUCUUGAGAUGGUUCGUCGAAUUGGAUGACGCCAUAAGGGCGCGCCGCAUCGACGACGGGGAUACGCAAGUUGCAUUCGCCCAGUCAAAUCUGGCAGGACGUGCCAAGACUUGGACACUGGGGCUCAAGUUGCACGACCCAUAUGCGUUUGGGUCGUUGGAAGUCUUCAAGUCGCGGCUCAGACAAACGUUUGAACCGCCUAGAGCUGAGUUCAAUGACACACCCGUGGCUUGCAGAGGGGUGAUCGGUCCGCGAGCCUUGCUUGAGAGGGUCUUGCGGAGUCAAAGGUAA